CUGGUUGAAUAUCAAGGUGGGGGUGGGGACGCAGAAGUUUCUGACUUCUCCACCGGACUACGCGGGACUCCUGCGCCCAGAAAAGUGAAGCCGACCCAGCCGUGCCCCGAGGGACGCUCCACCAGGGCGGAGGUGCAGGCAGACACGGCCACAAUUCGCUGUAAUGUGAGCCAGGCCCCGGCGGGAGGGGGCCAGGGGACCACGGAGGAGACCGCGAGAGCUUCGCCCCCUUUAGGCUGAGGCCGACAGGCGUCCCGGAGGAGGUGUAACUUGAGCAGACCUUCCAAGGUCACGCGGAAACGCCAGAAGGCCUUUGAUGAAAGAACUUCUUCAGGGUUUGAAGGACAGGCGUCCUUCUCGAACAGCGCUGCCCAGGAAAGAAGGCGGGGAGGGGCGGGGCGUGGGCCCGCGGCCGGGCUCGGACUCGGACUCGGACUCGGAAAUCUUCGGCCCGGGCUCGGCAAUCAGUCCCCAACUCCGGCCGGGGCCUCGAGCCCGGGGCCGGUCCGGAAACAGCCGAGCGGAUCCGGAAACAGCCGAGGGGACCCGGAAGAGGUGAGCGCCGUCACCAGGGAGUGCUGGAACCCGCCGUUUGCGCGGAGGCGAUGGCGGCAGCUGCGCCGGCGGCCGCGGGCGAGGAUGGCCGGCGACGGCGGCCAGGGGCCGCCCUGGACCCCCAGCCCCAGGAAGGGGCGAAGGGUGAGGCCGAGUCAGAGGAGCUCGGCCAGCUGCGGGCUGAGCUGGCAGGCGCCCUGGCAGAAAUGGAGACCAUGAAGGCCGUGGCGGAGGUGAGCGAGAGCACGAAGGCCGAGGCCGUGGCUGCAGUGCAGCGGCAGUGCCAAGAGGAGGUGGCUUCACUGCAGGCCAUCCUGAAAGACUCCAUCAGCAGCUACGAGGCCCAGAUCACUUCCCUGAAGCAGGAGCGGCUGCAGCAGCAGCGGGACUUCGAGGAGAAGGAGCGGGAGCUGGGGCGCCUAAAGCAGCUGCUGUCCCGGGCUCACCCCCUGGACUCCUUGGAGAAGCAGAUGGAAAAGGUUGGGGUUUGGAAAGAUGUUGAGGCAGCCAGGGUGGCCGUGGGGCAGAGGGAGUGUUGGCGUCCCAUUCCCAGAUCACUGGGAGCAGGGCACCCGACGAUAAUGCUAGGUGUGGCUCGUACUAGCUCUGUACGCAGCCGGGUCCCAGCUCUGUCACUUACUGGCAGGAUGGCUGGGUUUGUUUGCCUCCAAAACGAAGGAGAUGAUGCGGGGGGGAGGGAGGACAGCACUCAUGCACUAGGCACGGAGAACACGGCUUGACGGAUUCUGGCUCUCCAGUCUUUCCCCAUCAGACCCAUUUCACAGAUGAGUAAGGUGAAGUUCCGAGAAGUUCAGGAAAUCUCCCCAGGUUAUUGCACAGAAAAAAGCAGAGUAGGGAUUAAAACAUCUAGGUAGCCUGGUUCUGAAAUUCUUGUUCCUAAUGUCUGUGUCUUAUCGCCCCCUUUAUUAUUGGUGUCCCCGACAGUGGUAGGGAGCUGAUUUGCCAAACUCCAUCUUUCGAAGCAAGUUCACGUCAUUACCUCAUUUGAUCCUCACAGCAGCCUUGUGAGGUAGGGUAGGUGCUUCCCGCAUUGCACGCAGGAGGAAACUGAGGCUCGGGAAGACGGCCUGGGUAGAAAGACAAAGAUCAAAAUAGGAGCCCAAGAAAGGAGGCUUGCAACCCACAGCUUCCCAGCAGAGGCUGAUGCUUGCAUUCCCAGCGAUCCUAGGGAGCAG